GUCUGGAGCAAUUGGCCAUUCUGCCAAUAUUGAUUCCUAACCCUAGUCUCUCUCUCUCUCUCUCUCUCUCUCUCUCCCAGUAGUAGUAGACAUGGGAAGAGCACCUUGUUGUGACAAGAGUAAGGUGAAGAGAGGACCAUGGUCUCCAGAUGAAGAUGCAACUCUCAAGGACUACCUUCACAACUAUGGCACUGGUGGCAAUUGGAUUGCCUUGCCUCACAAAGCUGGACUAAAGCGUUGCGGCAAGAGUUGUCGUCUGAGGUGGCUCAAUUACCUUAGGCCAAACAUCAAACAUGGAGGCUUUACAGAAGAGGAAGACAACAUUAUUUGUGCCCUCUAUACUAAACUUGGCAGCAGAUGGUCUAUCAUAGCAUCUCACUUGCCCGGAAGAACAGACAACGAUGUGAAGAAUCAUUGGAACACCAAAAUAAAGAAAAAGCUAAUGGCACCCAAAACCAACAUUGGAGAGCCUUCGAAUUCACUGCCUUUGCUACCACAAACAGAACCAUAUGAUGCCCCUUGCAAUUUUUCAACUCUGCUCAACCAAAGUUGUCCUCAGAUGAUCCCAUCGCUAACCGAGGUCAAUUACUGUCUAGACAUCGAUAACGAGAGCUUAAUCUGUGGCCAAAUUCACUACCCUCUUCCGGCAAUCACCGAAGGAUUUGAUUUUGGUGGAAAUUGCUCUAGGCGAAUUUCGGGGUUUUCUCCACUUGCUAUGGAAAAUAGUUAUGCGUCGUUGUCCAGUGGAGAUAGCGAUUUGGGAUUUUCUGUGGAUUUUGGCCCAGGGUACGAUCCUCGUGAGCUUAUUAAUAAUCCUGGGAUUUGGACUGCUCAAGAGAGUACAAUUGGUAAUGAGUUUGGGAAUUCCAUUAUUCCGAAUUCGGUUAACUCUUUUUAUUACCAAGACACUAACCCACAUGGAGUGGAUCACUGUGGGACUAAUCCCCAAGAGUACUGAAAUGAAUUUGGGAAUUCCGUUAUUCCCAAAUUCGGUUAUGGGGCUUUUUUAUCAUUAUUAUUAUUUAGUGAUGGAUUAGUACUAAUUGAUUGACUUUUGGUUAUGGUAAUUGAGACACAAAUUAAAAUAUAUAUUGUAAAUCAAUUUUCAUUUCUGCUGGGGAUCGAAAUUAGUGAUGAUCAUGAGGGCUUAAUUAAGUAUUGUUGGCAUAUCUGGUGCAAAGGGUACGUGUGAAAAAUUUAUUGUAAAUGAAGUUGGAGUGAUUCAAGUAAAUGAAGAUCAUGAGGAAGUACAUUGCGACCGACUA